GAGAUUUCGAACUCCCCCCCCCACAUCACCGUUUCACGGAUUUUUUUUUAAAAUGUCGGCCAGCGUUCUGUUGCUGCUGCUGCUUUGCCUCCUUCAUCCCGGUCUGGGCAGGACCUCUUCCUCCUCCUCCUCCACCUCAUCGUCGUCGUCCUCCCCCCCGACACUGACGCCGCAGAGAGCCAGCGAGUUCCUGCUGAGGGUGCGCAGAGCCAACCUCAUGUUCGAGGAGCUCAAGAAGGGCAAUCUGGAGCGCGAGUGCGUGGAGGAGGUGUGCAGCAAGGAGGAGGCACGAGAGGUGUUUGAGAACGAGUCGGAUACGGACUAUUUCUACCCAAGAUAUUUAGCUUGCCAGUCGCAGGAGACGAAGCCAAGAGCCCCGACUGAGGUUGACAACAUCGUACGAUCCUGCAUCAAUGAGAUCCUGGACCAGUGCGUGCCGCUGCCGUGCGACGUCACGGGCAGUGCGGAGUGCGUCAGUCUGCAGGCCGAUUACCACUGCGUCUGCAAGGACGGCUGGAAGGGGAAGAACUGCACCCAGGACGUGGACGAGUGCUCGGACCGGCAGAACGGAGGCUGCAGCCACAAGUGCAUCAACGUGGCGGGCUCGUACGCGUGCCAGUGCGAGCAGGGGUACACGAUGGCCAUGGACCAGCACACCUGCGAAGACGUGGACGAGUGCGCGCAAUCCCUCGGCGUGUGUGGCGAGCCGGCGCGCUGCGAGAACACGCACGGCUCCUUCACCUGCAGCUGCCUGCGAGGGUUCGCCUUCGACAAGGCCACACGCUCAUGCCAAGACGUGGACGAGUGCGAGCAGUUUGCGCCGUGCGAGGAUGCCUGCGUCAACACGGCAGGCGCCUUCCGCUGCUACUGCGAGGGCCGGGCGGGAUUCAGGCUCGGGCCCAACCUCCGCAGCUGCGUGACAACGGAGUCGUGCGUGAGGGUCAACACGUGGAUGAACCCGACGAAUAUGCACCUGACCCCGGACACCCACAGCAACCCCGUGUUCUUCCACCGCUACCAAGUCCCGCACCUACAAAGCGAGGUGUUCUCCUUCGACCUGCUCACCUACGACCCCGAGGGGCUGGUCCUGUACGUGGAGAGGGGUGCGACGGACGACUGGUUCCUGCUGGCGCUGCGCGAGGGGCAGCUCGAGAUGCAGCUGAGCGCCGGCGGCGUCAACGCGGCCGCCAAGAGCGCCUCGACUAUCAACCACGGACGCUGGACCUCGAUCUCCGUGGAGAGGCUGAGGGGCCGCGUGGUGACGAGGAUCUCUGCGAACGACACCUUCGCCAUCGACGUGCGGGACGACGGGCCGGCACAGAGCAGCAGCAAGGAGUUCAAGGUGUACGUGGCGGGGCUCCCGCACGGAGCCCAGCCCUUCGCACCGCUGAACACGCGGCUGGACGGCUGCAUGCGGCAGUGGGACUGGCUGGGGAGUGAGCGGGCGGGGAACUCGGACGUCCACGUGAGGAGCGACGCGACGCGCCUCUGCUACCAGAGCGUCGAGCGCGGCGCCUAUUUUCCCGGCACGGAGCUCGCCAGCUUCCACCGGCAGUACGUUCCGUCAGGCAACAGCCCCGGCCGCCUCCCGUGGCUCCUCGACCUCGAGAUGUCCUUCAGGCCCGUGGGGAACACGGGCGUCCUCUUCUGCCUCGUCAACUACAACAAGGAGGUCGUCCUCUCCCUCAGCCUCGACGAGAUCUUCCGGCGGCCGGGGCUCCCGCUCCAGAGACUCGUCCUGGGCUUUGAGGACUCGGUUGCCCUCCGCUACCAGGCCAACGAGUCGAGGGUGUUCUGCGACGGGAAGUGGCACUCCCUGCGUCUCCAGAUCUCCCGCGAGGAGCUCGCGCUGCAGGUGGAUGGAGUGAACCUGACGCAAGCGGACAGCGCCAUGCCCCUGGUGCAGCUCAGUGCCCACCGAGGGAAGCUGGAGACGUGGCUCAACGAGUCGGUGACCACGUACAUUGGGGGCAUUCCAGAGACCAUUCGGCUGCAGGCCGUGCCGGUGAGCGUGUACUUCCACGGCUGCGUGCGCGAUGUGCGCCUCGCCGGAGAGCCGCUGGACAUGGACGCGGCGGUGAACAGCCCCAUGGGACUGUCGGCGCACUCGUGCCCCACCGUGAACACGGGCGACGACGACGACGACGACGAGCUCGAGUAGUGCCCCCUCCUCCCACUCCUCCCACUCCCACCAGAGGUCGCAAACGGGUUUUGAUUCCUUACCCAUACCCGGCCGCACCAGGGUCGCAAAUGGGUACCCGUACCCUACCCGAUACCCGGCUACCCGUACCCGGCCGGGUAUCGGGUAGGGUACGGGUAGCCGAUUGUGACCUCUGGGAUGAAGCCAUGUUGCAGGCGCGGAUGGGUUGAUUCUAGGAACUUGGAUUGUGAGAAGAGACAAGACGUUGGAAAAUGAGUGACAAACGGUGACUCACCAGUGACUCACGGCCUACCCGUACCCGUACCUGGCCGCACCAGGGUCGCAAACGGAUACCCGUACCCAGCCGGGUACGGGUAGCCGGGUAUCGGGUAGGGUACGGGUAUCGGGUACCCGGUUGCGACCUCUGCCUCCCACUCCUCAUCCUCCUCUUCCCGCUCCUCGUCCUCCUCCUCCUCAUCCUCUUAAUUUCAUCAUCCUCUUCCUGUCCCUCGCUCCGUUCUCCAUCCUUUGCCUUCUCUUUCCCCGCCCGCCCGCCCGCCCGCCCGCUUGCAUCGCAGACACACGCCACAGGGAAGCAGUCGUCGAGCGUCGGGGGGGCCAACGGCGAACGGGGCCGACCCAAACCGCGUAACCCGAACCGUCGGCACGGCGCUGUGCCGCGGGUCCGACCGCCGCACGUCGGCGCUGACCGAUCAGCCGGUAUCCACACGCCCCCCCCCCCCGCGCGCGCGGGGUCUGCCCGUGGCGGCGUAGACCGGCGCGACGCGCUCCCGACCCCUCCACGCGGUGCCGCAGAGCCGCUCGCGGCAGCGCAAGGCCCGCCGUGACGGUACUGCUGCUGCUUCGUGGGUGCGGCGCGUGCUCUGCAAGCAGCGUCAGGUUCGCGAGGGGUGCAAACGUUGCCACGUGGACUCACCGAAAGAAAGUGAAUUUGUCGAGUGGAUUUUGGAAUAUUUCGCUAAAUUUUGGACGGUGACGCCGACGCGCAUCGGCCCCUUUUAACACCUGCCGUUAAGCAGACGGCCCGUGGUAAUUCUCAUGGUAAAUAACACUGGCGGUAUUAACCAGGACGCCCUUUGGGGUUUGAACCGCGGGACGUCUGCAACAAGGGGCUGAGGAUUUAUGACGAGUGAGAAUAAGUUUGUACCCUUUCUGACAAUAAAUCAGCAGUUCCGUUACAAUGUUGAAGCACCAGAUAGAAACAUUUUGCCAGGAAUCAAGUUCCUGCGUUAACCGCACACACAGUGCUUGUGGUGAACAUGCACACAGACAAACACGUGGCUCUGACGAUAUAUGAUGCGUUGUCUUUGAGACUGAUGGGCCUAAACCAGAGACAGCAGCCUUCUUCAUGGCCUCGUCUCACCACCAGUGUCAGACCAGAGAAGAACGCCAAUAGGCGAACAGCACAAGCACAAUGCACCAUCAGAGCAUUGUUGCUUUGUACGUACAGUGCUAAAUGGAAUCGAGUCUGGUUAAUGCAGGAACUGGAUUCCUUGCAGAAGGUUUCUAUUUGGUGUUUGAACAUCUUAACACAACUCCUGUUUUAUUGCCAGAAAGGGUACAAACUUAUUCUUAUUUUUCAUACUUUGAUACUGCCAAAUAAGUGUCCCAUGAUCAGAGGAUUUACAUUUUUCGGGCACUUUAACGGUUCGGCGACUCGGGCACCGUGCAUCCACGCCUCUGCCAUGCCGGUGGACUGCUGCAGGCGAUGGCAAGGAGACCCCCAAGUGGCAGCUGUUCCUGUGCGGCACGUGGUGCGUGCACACGUGGUGCACGCACACGUGGUGCACGCACACGUGGUGUACACACACACGUGGUGUACACACACACGUGGUGUGCGCCCACGUGGUGCACGCACACGUGGUGUACGCACGUGGUGUACACACACACGUGGUGUACACACACCUGGUGCACACACGUGGUGUACACACACCUGGUGCACACACGUGGUGUACACACACCUGGUGCACACACGUGGCGUACGCACGUGGUGUACACACACACGUGGUGUACACACACCUGGUGCACACACGUGGUGUACGCACGUGGUGUACACACACACGUGGUGUACACACGUGGUGCACGCACACGUGGUGUACACACGUGGUGCACGCACACUUGGUGCACACACACGUGGUGUACG